AUGUCGAAAAUUACGGUUGCCAACGUCCGCACUCAGGUCUCUGAGCUGCUCGAGUACUCUCUCGAGACCAAGAAGCGCAACUUCCUUGAGUCUGUCGAGCUUCAGAUCGGCCUCAAGAACUAUGACCCCCAGCGUGACAAGCGUUUCUCCGGCACCGUCCGCCUCCCGGUCGUCCCCCGCCCCAACAUGAGCAUCUGCAUUCUUGGUGACCAGCACGAUAUCGAUCGUGCCAAGCACGGUGGUGUUGACGCCAUGUCCGCCGACGACUUGAAGAAGCUCAACAAGAACAAGAAGCUCAUCAAGAAACUCGCUCGCAAGUACGACGCCUUCGUCGCUUCCGAGACCUUGAUCAAGCAGAUCCCCUCGCUCGCAACCGGCAAGUUCCCCACCCCCGUCUCCCACGCCGACGAUCUCUCUGGCAAGAUCACCGAGGUCAAGUCCACCAUCAAGUUCCAGCUGAAGAAGGUUCUCUGCAUGGGUGUCGCCGUCGGCAACGUCGGCAUGACCCAGGAGCAGCUGAUCGCCAACAUCAUGUUGGCCAUCAACUACCUCGUCUCCCUGCUGAAGAAGGGCUGGCAGAACGUUGGAAGCUUGACCAUCAAGGCUUCCAUGUCUCCCCCCAAGCGCCUCUACUAA